GCAGCGGUAUUAAGAAGUGGGGCUAUAACGUUUCAGUCUUCUGAGUGUUUAAGAGUAUAUAUCAUUAAAGCGAUGAAAUCAGCGGCAUAGCAACAUUUAGGACUGUGGCACUGGCUGUCUCUUUGUUCGCUGCAGUUUUUAUCUUGUUUUAUAAAACAUUUGUGGCUAACUUUACCAGUACUUCAAGCUAGCACUGACGCCCAGUGGUUAAACUGCUUUAUAUAUCGACACAUAUAAAAUUGGCAGUUUUUUGUUUUGUUGUUGUUUUUUUUAAGUGGGCAUUCAAGCAGAGUUAUGCUCUGAAAGUAGUAACGAACUUGUUCGGGAGACGGACCGCUGUCCGCCUUCAUUAGUUGCAGACACAACACCGACAGAAUUCUGCUGUUAUAGUGAACUCACUGUUUGCGAGCCUUUAUAGGUCACUUUGAGCCUAUAUGGACAGUCUUUACCUGGUGAUACUUCAGUUAAUCCUGUAAUCGUAUGCUACCAAAAUAAACGGAUUCUGACCCAGCUCUGAUGAUAGCGAUCAGCUUCACUGUUGUGUGUAAUCAUAACAGGAUAUGAUAUGGAUGAAACAGUGAUAUCAGGAGAGGAAGCCAUUGAGGAGAAAGUGGCUGAAAAUGACAUCAGUGGGCAAGUGCAUACAGAUGAUGUGGAAAUGGAGGAAACUGCAGGAGACUCGCCCAGUGCUGCUGAGCUCGAUGAAGCAGAUGAAGAAGUCACUGAAAGACCAAGUCCGAAUUCUGCACCUAAAGACGGCGACAACCUCUGCACAGUUUGUGGCUUCUCAGCCAAAUGCCCGAGAUCACUGAAGAUCCACUUUGCACGAAAGCACGGAAAGAUGUCUGACAAAGCUGCAAAGCCUUUGGAGAAAAGUGCAAAUAUCUCUAAUGUGAGUCCUGCUGAAAUCCAGCAGGAGGCAGACAUGGAGGCAGAAAGCGGCGCUGAGGUUAAACAGGAACAAGAUUCUGAUCAUGAUGAACUGAGAUCAGUCGCAAGUGACAAUGGCACGAACAUGAAGAAUGUAACUGAAAAGCAAAGUGUAUUAGACAAACAGCAGGUAGAGCAAGAAGGAACAAUCCCUACACAAGAGAGAAGAGUGAGCAAGCGAACCCCAAAACCCAAGAUUAUUCAUUCCUGCAACUACUGUGGGCAAGAGUUUAGGGACAAGGCUCCCCUAGAUGUUCACAUCCAGAGAUACCACACCAAAGACACCCCGUAUACAUUUGAUGCUGAUGAAAGCAUAGAUGACAGGGAGGAGGCUGUGGAUCCUGGCAGUAGCGUGAAGGCUACUUCACCACGACUGACACCCAAACGCACCCUCAGCAGGUUCCAGCUGAAGUGUGCAAACUGUGAUUUUAGGGUCAGCACAGCUACGCUGCUGGAGAACCACGCUCGUGUCAAACACCUUGACCAGGACUGGUACCGUUGCAAAUUGUGCAACUUUCUUUCUGCCACAUCUGAGUGGAUGGAUUCUCACCUGUCCUCAAAUAGCCACAUGCAGCAGCAGCAGAAAGAAAGCAAGAGCUCAAAAUCUGAAGUAUAUGUCGACAGGGUAAGCAGAGAUGGUGCUGGAGAUGGUGCUGUUAUAGAUGAUGUAGCUCAGAUGCCCGGGGGAGAAGGGAUAGAUACGUUGACAGGAGGAGAACAGGAAACCGACGAGGCAGCUGAGGCUGCCAAAGCCGUGUUAGCUGAGGAGGAAGAGUUAGAGCUGGGACCUCCCAGUAAGAAAAGAGGAAGACCAAAGCAAGGCUCCACAACCACAUGUGGAUACUGUGGCCUGGUGGUGUCCAACGCCACCAACCUCAGUGUUCAUGUUCGCCGUAAACACAGCAAAGAUUAUGGCUACAGCUGCACUCUGUGCAACUACAGCUGUGUGACCAAAGGAGACAUGGAUCGUCACUGUUUAACAAAGAAGCAUGUUAGACGUGCACAAGAAUGCACAAGUAAGAACCCAAUCACAAAUCACAUAAGUACAUCAAUUCAGGAAACCAAGGAGCCGAAUACCACCGUAGAGACCACCGGCACAGAAGAAGAAUCUGACGAUACAGCUUCCAAAGAACAUGGUGGAGACGAGCAAACUCAGCCAGAGGCAAACCAGAAAAAAAGUAAAUAUGACUCUGUCAAUGCCUGCAGCCUCUGUGAUUUUGUUGCUCAAUCUAUUCCGUCCCUCCAUCUUCACGUCAAGAGAAAACACACCAGAGAUUUUGAGUAUGUCUGUUUAGCGUGCAGCUACUAUGCUGUAACAAGCAGGGAAAUGUCCCGCCAUGCCAGCACAGAGAAACACAAGCAGAAAAGUCAGAAAUACCUGGAACAAAAAGGGAGCGAAGGACAAAGAGUCUUAGCACUCCCACUAAAGCUGAAUGAUAUCACGGAGCUUCCUGCGGCAAAUUCUAACCCUGAAUGUGAAUCUGUGAGUCCCGCAGAAGUGUCUGAAUCCUCUCCCAUAGACAGUCAAUCUAUGGAAGGCCAGAAUACACCUGUCACCACAGAGCUGGUUAAUGAUGUGCUUGUAGGUGGAGAUGAGAAGCAAGCAAAUGCAAUUACAUCUCCUGCUUGUGGUGAACCAGAGAUGACCAUUGAAGCGACUGAGCUAACAGCAGAUUCUGAAGCCCAGCAGGAUGAAGAAUGUCAGCUUUCAGUCUCUGAGUUGGCACAGCCAGAGAGCCAGGAACAAGAGGGUAAACAAGCAGAUGAGGAACAUUUAAAGGUAGACGUUAUGACUAGAGACACACAAAUGUCCAAAGCCCUUCCCUUUGAUGCCUGUAUUGUAUCUGUGAAGUUCCUAGCUGAGCAGGAGCAGGCUGCACAGGAAGGUCUGUCUCUGGAAGGUGAAGCCACCAUGAUAUGUUUGACUGGAGGAUCACCAGUGACCUCUGGCUUAGUGUCUCCCAGCUCCACGUACAUCAAGAAGCUCAAACCCAAGGAAGCAAAGGUGAGGGAGGAAACCAAAGGAAGCAACUCUCGCAUACGCUGCGAGGACUGUGGAUUCAUGGCGGAUGGCAUCAGCGGCCUCAACGUCCACAUCUCGAUGAAGCAUCCUUCCAAGGAGAGGCAUUUCCACUGUUUGGUCUGCGGCAAGUCCUUCUACACCGAGAGCAACCUGCACCAGCACCUGACCAGCGCUGCCCACCUUCGCAACGAGCAGAACAGUGUGGAGGAGCUGCCCGAAGGGGGCGCAAGCUUCAAGUGCGUCAAGUGCACAGAUCGAUUUGAAUCAGAGCAGGAUCUGUUUUAUCACAUCAAGGAGAAACACGAGGAGCUCCUGAGGGAGGUCAACAAGUAUGUGCUGGAGGACACGGAGCAGAUCAACCGCGAACGGGAGGAGAACCAGGGCAACGUGUGUAAAUACUGUGGCAAGGUGUGCAAGAGCAGCAACUCUAUGGCCUUCCUGGCACACAUUCGCACUCACACCGGGUCUAAGCCCUUCAUGUGCAAGAUCUGCAACUUUGCAACCGCUCAGCUGGGAGACGCCAGGAACCACGUGAAGAGACAUCUCGGCAUGCGAGAGUACAAAUGUGACAUAUGCGGGUGGGCCUUUGUUAUGAAGAAACACCUCAGCACCCAUCUGCUGGGAAAACAUGGAGUUGGACAGCGUAAAGAGAGGAAGUUUGAAUGCGAGUUGUGCGAGCGCUCCUUCAGCGAAAAAUGGGCCCUCAACAACCACAUGAAACUGCACAGUGGAGAGAAACCAUAUAAGUGUGCCUGGCCAUCCUGCCACUACGCCUUCCUCAACCUGUCAGCCAUGAAGGACCACUACAGGACCCACACAGGAGAAAAGUCUUAUUUAUGUGACCUGUGUGGUUUUGCGGGAGGCACCAGACAUGCCCUCACCAAACACAGACGCCAACACACAGGAGAGAGGCCCUUCAAAUGUAAGCUCUGCAACUUCGCCUCCACCACGCAGUCCCACCUAUCACGGCACAAACGUGUUCACACCGGGGAGAAACCGUACCGCUGCCCCUGGUGCGACUACAGGUACCGCCUCAUUGACCUCCACACGGUUGGUGGCGCUGAUGGCUGCCACCGUGGCACUGAUGAUCAGAGGGUUGAUAGAUCCAACUGUGCAGAGAAUAUCCGAAAGCACAUACUCCAUACGGGAAAACACGAGGGCGUGAAGAUGUACAACUGCCCCAAAUGUAACUAUGCCACCAACUCUCCGAUGGAGUUCCGCAACCACCUGAAGGACAAUCACCCUGAUAUUGAGAACCCAGACCUCGCCUACCUGCAUGCAGGUAUCGUGUCCAAGUCCUUUGAGUGUCGUCUGAAAGGCCAGGGGGCUACAUUUGUGGAAGCAGAGGCUAUGGGCUCCCCUUUGCACAGGAAAGACUCUUCUGAGUUACCCGGCCAUGACGAGAUCCAACAGGUCAUCAUCAUCCAGGGCUAUGGUGACGGAGAGGUGGCUAUCGACCAGACCCUCGAGGAGUCAGCCGCUGCCACCCUGCAGACGCUGGCCAUGGCCGGCCAGGUGGCCGAGGUGCUCCACAUCACUGAAGACGGACAAGUCAUAGCCUCGGGCAGGGAAGUGGCAUCCGCAGGAGCCCACCUGGCCGGAGGCAGCACCCAGUACGUGGUCCUGGAGUCAGGGGAGGCCAGAAAGGAGUUUCAGGCUGUGGCCAGAGGAGGGGUAGCAGUUGCAGCUGCUGCUGGACAAAGUCACAUUGUCUCAGAGUCCUCCACAGCUCUCGAUGCUCUGCUCAGCGCAGUCAGCGAAAUGGGCCAUCAGGAGGAAAUACAAGGAGAGGCAGCCAUCGUUCAUGAGGUCUUGACCCCAGAGAUAGCUGAGGCUGUGCAGAGUGAAGUGCAGGGGGAGGUGAAGCAGGCGGAGGAGGGGCAGGUGCAGGUCAUCCAGGGGACCGGCCAGGAGGACAUGCAGGAAGUGCUGCAACUCGCCGCGUCCCAGAUGAUGAAGGAAGGCCUUACCCAGGUCAUCGUCAAUGAUGAGGGCACGCACUACAUUGUGACUGAGCUGGACAACUGCACCUUACAGGUGGAGGGAGAAGUGUAUGGAGAGGCCGGGACAGGUGACGGGGAGGUGCACCAGGCGGAGCAGCAGACAGGAGAAGAGAUAGUGGUGUACCUGGAUUGAGCUGCUCGCAGUAUCGUCCUGGAAGGGUAGAGGAGAGAGACAUCCCUGAAAGAUUCACAUUGGGCAUUUUAUUUCACUUCCCCUGUUUAGCUAUGUUAAAGCUCACGUUAGCCCAGAUGUUGGGUUUUGCAUUGUCUCGGUUUGAUUUCACCCUGCCUCAUUCACUUUGUACAUCACUUCUACCAUCUUCUCUUGGGCUACACUGAACUCAGGUUAAACAUCGUUUAUUCAAAGCGACAGUAAAGCAAAGAGGUUUUGGUGCUAAGCGAGCUAACCUGCAAUCCACACAGCCGCCAAGACUGCUUUAAUUAAUUAAUGCAACUUAAGGAAAUGAAUGAGUACAAAUUGUCGUGAAAUAUUUUUACAAUGCUUCUAAUGUGCUAAGAGUUAAACAAGUUAUUCUAAAGAAAGUUUAUCUUUUCAUUUAUAACAGAGCUAACAGGUUUUUUUCUUGCUUUUUGAUUUCUUUGUGGUACAUUUAUGUUGCAAUUUUAAGUUUUUCUGUAGCAAAAUAGAUUGUUUUUUUCUUUUGAUAAGGCAGUGGUUUAAUUUGUGUGAGUAAUCUUUUCUUUUUCUUCAAAUCCCUUUUGUGUGUGUGUGUGUAUGUGUGUGUACUAUUAGUUCCAAAUCAGUAAUACGAUGAAUGAAUUCCCAAAUGGACCUUAUACAUAUUUUCUGUGUAGCAAAAAGCAAAGCAAUGACAAUUAUACAUUUUAGAUUUUUGACAGCCCUUCAUUGUGUGGAAGGCCUGUUUCAAAAAAAAAAACAACAAGAAAACAUGAGUGCAGUUUCAUUUUUGACAAUAAAGAUUGAGCCUAAUUUUUAACAA